CCAACCCGCCCUUCCUCCUUGUUGGUAGUGCAGGGUCACUUGCUGGGCUUUGUCAGUUCUCAAGCUGAGCAGCAGCUUGGAUAUUACAUGCCUUCCACCGCGGCACAAUUUUUCUGGCUUGGCUGAAGUUUUCCCACAGAUAAGAGGGAAAGGGGUGGGGAAGAAAGAUUUCCCCAAGGACACCUCUCUUGCGGGACAUGGAGAACAGGCCAGCAGAGACCAACUCAGAGGUGGACAAGUCAUCAUCACCCUCAGUGGCUCAGCUAGCAGGGAAAUUCAAAGAGCAAGCAGCCAGUAUUACUGGAAAAGAGGUACCACCACAUAAGCCAACUCGGAGGAAACCACCAUGCUCCCUUCCAUUGUAUUCCCACAAAACUGAGACAAGUGACAAUGAUGAGCAAAGGCAGUCUCCCAGUGCUUGCCCCGUUCCCAAGGUCAAGGUGAAAAGCUCCCCCAUGAUUGAAAAGCUGCAGGCCACUCUGGCUUUUGCUCCAGCUGCUCUGCUGUCAGGAGCAUCUCCCAAAAGUCCUGGUCUGAAAGCCCUGGUUUCUCCGUUCAGCACCCCUCCCUCAACACCCAGCAGCCCUGGGGUUCAGUCCGAGCCCAGUGGAGCAAGUGAGGUGCCAGUCAGCUUUGAUCAACCCCCAGAAGGCACUCAGCUGCAGUUCUAUAACAAGGUGCGGACAAGGGGAUUGAUAAAGCGCAGGCCCCCCUCCAGGAAAUUCCGACGAUCUCUGUCUGAGUACGGAGAUGGGGAAGAUUUAGGGGUCAACAUCUUUCCAGAAAAUGGUGCCAAGGAAGAUGGGGAUGAGGUAUUUGGGCCCAAGGGCAAGACAGAGGAGGCAGAAACAGAGAGCAAAGAGCAAAAGAAACACACAGGGUCUGAUGGAAAGCCCCCAUCAAGGAGAGGAUCCAGCAGAUCAAAAGGUGAAGAAAAAGGAGAAAAACAGGCAGAGGAAAUGACUCCUUGCAAGAGUAAUGCAUGGGAUACAAAGGAGGAGGAAGAGUGUCAUUGUGCCCCAGAGGAGAACUCUCCCCAACCUCCCUCUGGCAACAAGGAGAAGGUGUUCGAGGGUCUCCAGGAAGAAGAGCAGCAAGCCUGUGAACAGGAAAAGGGGUACACAGAGAAGGAAGAAGCUGAAGCAAAGGAGACCAGUGAGAGCACAGACACAUGGAGAGAAUCAGAAGAAACACCACUGGCACCUGAACAGCUGCCAGACAUGGUGGGUUUGGAGACUGCCAGUGAGCCUUCAAUGUCAGCUACGCAGGACCAGGGCACAGCGUAACCAUAACACGCAGGACAUACACAGUCAGGGCACAGGAGACUUAACAUGCAAAUAGGAGCCAUCUUACUCAGUCAAGGUGGAAGUUACAA